UAUUUUCUUUCCAUCUAAUGGUCACACACACACACACACACACAACGCACACACAGCACACAUUGCAUUCUGUUGUUUAUAUCCAUAUUGCAGUGUUUUGAAUUUCUGAGAGCAUGUAAUGCCAAGUGCUGCAACAACCAGCAACUGGACAUUGGUCAACACUUUUCUAAGUGUGACCUUAACUAACAUUAACACACUCUCCCCAACUGACUCAUUCACUGCUCAAUCCUUUUUCACACAAAACAACAACAGCUGUUGCGAAGAUACAAAUAAUAUUAGAAGUAGUAGUAGUAGUGUUAGUAGUACUAGUUGUCCAGUUUCUGCUCACACCUGUGGUCAAUGCCCUAACAAAAGUGGUGCUGGUUGGGGACAAGUCUGGCUCAGACUGUGUCCAAAGAAUCUAUUGCCACAGCCGAACGUGUGCAAUUGGCUGACCGGUUCCAUGGAAACUGGCACACGAACUGGGAGUAGCAAUGACAAACAGGUAAACAAGCCGAUCUAUCAUCAUCAUCAACAUCAAGAUGAAGGGAACACGGAUGGUGACAGUAGAGGAGGAGAGGAAGACGGGAGGAAUAAGUAUGGUGGUCGUAAAGAUUCCAGUGGCUACUUCAGUGGUGCACUGAGAGGCUGUACAGGACAGACUAACAACAGUAGUGGCAGUGGUGUGUCUGCCAGUGGCACGGAAGAUGACUCUGAUGUAGAACAUCCUCCUCAUCAUCAUCAUCAUCCUCAAGUGUUAUACUCACACUCCAUGUCAACCAAUCAAGGUCACCCCCAACCUCCCUCACAACAACCAACCAGGUCGAGCUCCAUGUUGACGGCCCUGUACGACUACGAGCCGAGCAGGAUUGACGAACUGAAACUGCAUCGGGGAGAACAGGUGGAACUGUUGUCGAAAGACACCGAGUCGGGGGAUGAUGGCUGGUGGACUGGUCGAGUCAAUAACCUUGUUGGGGUGUUUCCAUCUGAAUUUGUCACAGACAAAAAAAUCUCUGCUGACGGUCCACCCGAGAUUGAUUUCUCAGAAUUGAAAUUGGAGGAUAUAAUUGGUGUUGGCGGUUUUGGGAAGGUGUAUCGGGGUACCUGGAAGCAGGAGGAAGUUGCUGUGAAGUUGGCUCGUCAAGAUCCUGAUGAGCCUGUCAAUGAAAGGAUGGAGAAUGUCCACCAGGAGGCCAAACUAUUCUGGCUCCUUAACCAUAAAAACAUUGCUGCCCUGAAGGGUGUCUGUCUCAAGGAACCUAACUUAUGCCUCAUCAUGGAGUAUGCAGCUGGUGGCUCACUCAAUCGAGUCUUAAGUGGUGGCCGACGCAUUCCACCUGAUAUUUUGUUGGACUGGGCCAGACAGAUUGCACAAGGAAUGCAGUAUUUACAUGAGGAUGCACCUCUGUCUCUCAUACAUCGGGAUCUUAAAUCCAGCAACAUUCUUCUGAAAGAGAAAAUUGAAGAAAAUGAUUUGCAACAUAAAACUCUGAAGAUCACCGAUUUUGGUCUGGCGCGAGAGGUUUGUAAGACGACCAGGAUGAGUGCUGCUGGAACUUAUGCAUGGAUGGCUCCCGAAGUAAUCAAAAUGUCCAAAUUCUCUAAGAAUAGUGAUGUAUGGAGUUACGGUGUUGUAUUAUGGGAACUUCUAACAGGCGAAAUCCCUUACAAGGGUAUCGAUGCCCUUGGGGUAGCUUACGGAGUUGCUGUCAACAAACUCACUCUACCACUGCCAUCAACAUGUCCAGCAAUGUUUUCGGAACUCAUGACUCAUUGUUGGAGGCAAGAACCACACGAAAGACCAUCUUUCUGCCAAAUUUUGAAGCAACUGGAAGAAAUUGCUUCUUCGUCUUUCAUGACCACCCCUCAAGACUCAUUCCAUACAAUGCAGGAAGAUUGGCGUCAGGAGAUAGAACACAUGUUUGAUGAACUACGGAGUAAAGAGAAGGAGCUGCGAAACCGUGAAGAGGAACUGACCAAAGCUGCAGUGCAGCAGAAAAUCCAAGAGGAACUGCUGAAGAAACGGGAGCAGGAGCUGGCUGAGCGUGAAAUUGAUCUUGUCCAACGGGAGUUGAAUGUCAUGUUUAUACAGCAGGACAUCAACAAACCAACACCAAAGAAGAGAAAAGAUAAAUUCCGUAUGUUUCGAAACAGACCUGAAAUCGGUGGAAAGACGAUCAGUGUGCCAUCAAACUUCCAGCAUAAGAUCACUGUCCAGCAGGAGCAAUCAUCCUACCAAGGUUAUUCAAAUCCUGACAGUCCUCCACUGCAAUCUCAACAAGCUGCACCACUAAGACUGCGAGCCAUUGCAUUUCCAGUAGAUGGUGUCAAAGGCAAGACUUGGGGUCCAAGCUCGGUCCAGAAGGACCGUCAUCAGCGGACAUCUGUUGACUUUGCUGGCGGGCGUUGGUCGAAGAGUACCCCUAACCUAGAGAAAUCCCUUUCUCAGUUGGGUGGCCACUCAAAUAUGGGUGCUUUGAUGGAGCUUUAUGAUGAUGAAGAUAUUUGGCCCUUCGACUUGGACAACAGAUUCGGCAUUCCUUCAACUAUGCGCACCCCUAGCACAUCUUCACCUGUAGAUGGCAGCACCCUCAAACGGUUCUCAGUCCGUAAGCAGUGUGACGUUGAGCUAUAUAACAUGGCAGCCUUAUUAGCAGUGUUCGGUGCUGGCUAUGACAUUCGUAUCUCCAACAAGGGUGCUGUUCAUCCUAAUGCACACACCCCCACUGACAGUUCACCAUGGAGAAGUGCUAAUGAGGCCCGUGUAGCACCUGGUAGGAAGGAUUCCACUUAUAAAGGACAGGAUCCUUAUUUCUCUACGAUGUGGGACCAGGUUGGCACUGCAACUGAAGGCGAUUACAAAGCUCCAUCUGGUGGUCAUAAUUCAUAUAUUCACAACACCUACCAUGGCUUACCCACACGCUACCGUCCAACUCCAAGCUUCGACAAACCUAUUCAUUUUUGUGAACAGUCUUCUGGUGAGUUAAGUCAAAAUGAUGCUGAGAUGUAUCCAGGUGCAUCUCAAGCCACUAGUGAAUCAGUUUUAAUAAAUUUAGCAUCUGAGAAGUACAAUCCAUCUGUCUUCCAGAGGCAAUCCUCUGAAGGCAGUAAUUAUGAUUCUGCUCGGACUUCGAAACCCCCAAGCACACACCGUCUCUCUGUUACAUUUGAAGACGAACAAAACCCUGAUUACAAACUACCUACUUAUACCCACAAACGUACACCGUCAAAUACCUCCACUGCAUCAAACCCUGCCCACGAUUAUGAGAGUUACCACCUCACUGAACGGUGGGUACAGGACACGCAACCCCUACCUCCAAAGUGGGGAUACAGUUCAAGGCCUGUUGAACCACCCUCAACUCUGGACCUCGGUCGUCAACCGACCCCAUCGGGAUGGUACUCUAAUCAAUCGCAUGCACCUUACACACAAAAGCGUGAUUCACCAUAUGAAUCUACUCCUUAUGGAUCGACUCGGUCCAGACUCUCGCCUGGCAACACCUCUCCACAUAACCUCCUUGAUAUUGAUGUGGAGGGUCAAAGCCAAGACAGUACUCAGCCCCUAAUGGAAUCACAAAUGAUGUACUCUAGAAACCGUGUCCCUAAUAUAUCUGAGCUGGAGAAAGAAUUUUUAUAAUUGAUAGCAACAACAAUAAUUUUAUCAGUGAUGAUGAUGAUGAUGAUAAUUAUUUUAAUAUUAACAAUUCUGUUAUAAAUAUUAUGUUAUUGACUAAUGAUUGAUGGUUCUCUAUUCACCAGUCUUCUGUGGUGGUGGUAGUAGGGGGGGGGGUGUCAUAACUAUAUUGUUUGAACAGCAGAGAAAACUCCCAUCUGUUGUUUCACUUUGAUGAUAAUAAUGAUGAUGAUGAUGAUAACAGUGUUAAUGUUGGUGAUGAUGAUGAUUUUGGUAAUGAUGAUGAUGAUGGUGGUGAUGAUAGUUUUUGUAUAUAUAAAACAUCAUUUAACAAUAAAUUUCAGUCUCCUAACUUGUAAAAUAACGAAUGUAAAACUCAUUAUGAAGACGUGUCAAAGAAAUUAACCCCCAACGCUCUAGCACCUCCUCACUCAUUCAUCUUACACCUGUCAGUUGAUUGGAUGAUGAGAGAAGGAAGAUGAUGGUUAACCUGGAUAGAUAAUUGAAAGAGAGGUCAUUCCUCAUCCCAAAUGUCACACUUCUUAAUCUACUGAUCAACUAUAUAACCACAUAUUGUUCUUGUUUUAUUUUACUAAUUAUUUAUCUCUUUUAGUGGGUUGGAUAGUUCUACAAAGUUUUGGAUAUCUAUAUUUAUGAAAGUAAUCCUAAUAAGAGUUGUAGGGAUUUUCUGAACACCUUAACCAUGUCAUUUAGGGUUCAUUUUUGUCUACUCUAAAUUCCACAUACUGUUGUGGUCAGGCUCAGCUGUGAUAUGCCUUAGCUCAGUACAAAGGCUGGAAUGGCAUUAACUACUGAGGUAGUUGCACUGAAGCAAGAAGAGUGGUGUGUCUUGUCUAAGGAACACAGCACGAUGAUAGCUAUGUUACUCUGCUAGCUAGACUGUCAGUUAAGGAGAGUGGUGUGUCUUGUCUAGUGGUAGUGAGUUGUCUUUGGGAAGUAAACGGGAUAUCCUAUGACAAAUCGCACACACACACACACACACACACACACACACACGUUGUCAUGAGGUGUGUCACCCCCACCCCACCACUGUCAU